UUACAUUUUUUCUUUUAAUUUUAGGAGCAUUUUUACAAAAAUUCAAAAAAAAGAUAACACUAAAAUUCUCUGCAUAAAAUACACAUGGUAAUUUGGUGAACAUACGGAAGAGUAAACAGUCGUUAUUUUACAAUCACUGCGCACAUAAUUACAACUUUAUACAUCGGCACUAUCGUUAAUUUAUUUUUGUUCUUUUUGUUUUGCUAAAACAAUCUCUACUUAUUUAAAUUCUUUAAAAAUCGCAUUAAUUUUUUGUUUGUUAAACAUUUCUCUUCUUUGAUCUACGGUCACUUGAACUUUCUCCAUAGAAGUCAAAUGUUUAAUGAAUAGAUGACAUUGCUGUAUAUUUGUAUGAAGGAAGAGUUAUAGCCAAAAAAUAAAAAAAGAAAAAAAAUACACAAAAAACAAGUUAAAAGUUACGGAAAUACAAUAAAGAAAAAAUUUACAUAAUUUGAAGAAAACUACUUAGAAAACUACUUUCUAUUAAAGCAUAACAUUUGUUCUGGAUACAAGCAAGUUUAAAGGAACACAGUGUACAUAUAGGUGAAAUUAAUUUCAAUAAGAGUGUAUAAGAAGAAGAAGAAAAAACAAAAACUUUGAAAAAAUCAUGUCGACUUUGAUGUUUUGGAAUAAGCAAAACGGGGCUAAUAACCAAAAUAAUACCGAAGGUAAAAAUGGUAAACGUAAUUGGUUACAUGCUCCAGAUGUUCUUCUAAACGGUCAUGUCGUUUAUCUAGUCAAAUUUCUUGGUAAUACAUCUGUUGAUCAACCAAAAGGUAUUGAAGUUGUUAAAGAUGCCAUUCGUAGAUUACAAUUUAAUCAACAAAUAAAAAAAGCUGAAACCGGUAAUGCUGCUAAACUGAAAAAAGUUGAAAUAACAAUUAGUGUUGAUGGUGUUGCAAUUCAAGAACCGCGUACAAGAAAAGUAUUAUUUCAAUAUCCGUUACAUAAUAUAUCAUAUUGUGCUGAUGAGAAAGGUGUUAAGAAAUUCUUUAGUUUUAUUGCUAAACAAAAUGUUCAACAAAAUGGUAGUGUUAAAGAAAUGAAUGGACAUGAUAUAAUUAAUGGUAAAACAACACCAUCAAUGAAUGGAACAACAACACCAAAUCCUGAUGAAAAACAUGAAUGUUUUGUUUUUGUAUCAAGUAAAUUAGCAUCAGAUAUAACAUUAACAAUUGGUCAAGCCUUUGAUUUGGCAUAUAGACGAUAUGUCGAAGAAAAUGGAAAAACAACAGAAUUAACAAAAUUACAACAAGAAAAAAAACAUUUAGAAAAAACUAUGGCAGCUUAUAAAAAUCGUUUAAAGGAACUUUCUGAAAUUAUUCCAAAAACUGAGUUAGAAAAACUUUUGAAUCGAAUGGGUAUUCAAGAUCUUUAUGAGCUACCACCAGAAGAUGUUACAACAGAGGAGAAUUUAUUAAAUGGAAAUAAAAAUUCAGAAAAUUCAAAUGAUGAAAAACUUUUAAUUGAAACAAGCAGUAAUAAAUCAUCAUUUGCUCCAAUAAUACCACCAAGAAAUUUACAAAAUCAAAUAAAUAAUACAUUGGAAGCAUUAAAACCAAGUGGAUUAAAAAUGGAAGAAUUAUUAUUGAAUACAGAUUCAGAUUCAGAUUUUGAUCCAAGAGCUGAAGAAUCAGAUAAUAAUGGAAAUAAAAUUAGUAAUGAUUUAUUUGGAUUUGAACCAAAAUCAUUUGGUCAACAAUUGUUCAAUAAUAAUAUUAAUAAUAAUUCCAAUAUUAAUAACAACAAUAAUAUUAAUAAUAGUAAUAAUAAUAUUAGUAUGAAUAAUAGUAACAGUAAUGGUAAUCUUAAUGGUAAUAUCAAUGUCAUGACAAAUGGAAAUGGAAUUAAUUCAGUUAGUCCACCGCCAUUAUUGGCACCACCACCAAAAGCUGCAGUACCAAGGCGAACAGCACCCAAUACAAAUAAUACAAAUAAUACAAAUGGUUUUAUGAAUGGAAAUCAAGAUUUAUUUGGAUCAAUUCCAUUUAAUCCCAACACUCCAAGCAUAUUUGAUAAUGAAAUUGGCGGCAAUACUUACGAAAACAAUAAAAGUACAAUUAGUACUAAUACAAAUGAAUUAACACCACCUCUAUCCUUAAAUUCAUAUCCGGCAUUACAAUUGAAUAGUACAGUACUAGAAGAUUCAAACAUAAAUGAUUCAAAUUCAUUUGGUGUAACUUUCACAUACAGUAGUAGUAAUCAAACAACAAAUACUACAAAUAUAUCAAAUCCAUUUAUUGAAUCUGGUAUUUAUGAAAUGAAUGAUACAGCAAAUCGGAAUAUACUUGCAUCUGAAUUAAAUGCAUUCGCAAAUAAUUCAAAUAAACUUGAUAAUGCAUUAAAAAGUAAUCAAAAUCUUCAAUAUUCAAGUUCAGUUAGCGGAUCAUCAUUUCAAAAUAGUAAUGAACAAACAAAUAAAUCAACAUUAUCAUCAUCAUUUAGUUCAAUAUUAAUGCAAGGACGUAGUACUGAUAAUAGUAACAAUAAUAAUAAUAAUAACAUAUCAGGAGGAUCUGGAUUUUCUAUACCAUUAUCAAAUCCAUUUACAAAAAAAGCAUCUGAAGUAUUAUUAAGUCCACGCCGUAGCAGUAUUAUUGCUAGUUCUAAUUAUGAUGCAUUAAGAAAUUCACCAGAUAUUGAUAGUAUGGAAACAUGUACAACACCAACAUCAAUAUUUCAAAAUAAUGCAAUGUCAAAUCCAAUUACUAUUAAAAAUACAAAUUCUAAUUAUUUGGGUGUCAGUGGAUUUAAUGCUGGUGUUAACGGUGGUGGUGGUGGUGGUGGUGGUAGUAGUGUAGGUGGUGGUAGUGGUUUUGCAAGUGAAGCUAGUUCUGCUGGACCAAAUUCAGCAGCAAGUAGUUUUGAUAUAUUUAAAGAUGCCGCAACAAAAGCAUUUUCAGAAUUAAGUCCAUCUGGGCGGACUGGUGCCAGUUUUCCAAUGAAAUUUAAUCAAUCAAAUCAAAAUCAAACAGCACAAAUGCAAAAUGAAUUUUCAAAUAAAAUGUCCGGAUUUAAUUUUAAUGGAUAAACAAUUUCUCAUAUAUAUUUAUUUAAUAAAUAUAUACAUACAUAUAUUUAAAUUUAAAAUAUUAUUAAUCAAAAUAAAAAUAAAGAAUAAAAGUAAUUUUAAUACAACAAGUAAACAAAUGCUAAUUGAUGAUUUCUCAUUAGAAAGUUUGGAUCCAUUGCGAAAGUAAUCAACUCCUAAAAUUUCUAUAUUCACUAUACUUUAUUCUCUAUUGUAUUUUUUUUUGUUUACAUUUAUCAAAAAAAAAAAACUUUAUAUAUUUUAUUAAAAACUAAAAAAAAAAUAAAUAACAAUUUUUUUUAAAUAGAGUUAAAUUUAAAAAUAAAGAUAGCAAUUAUUUUGUAAUAAAAAAAUCUAUUCACUACUCAUAAAAAAAUAUUAAAAUAUAAAAUAAAGUUAGAAAAAAAAUUAUAGUUAUUAAAAAGUAAAUGAUUAGUCAUAGAGAGCCACUUUGUUUGAAAAAAAAAAGAAAAAAAAUAAAAUUUGUAAUAUAACACAAUUAUAUUUUUAAUUGGUUUUCAAAAUUUCUGAUUAUUUAAUUUUCAAAACUGUUAUACACAUUAGUUAAUUAUUAAAAAAAAUCUUAUUAAAAUUUUUUAUAUUUUAUUUUAAAAUAUUUUCCUCUUAAAAAUUCU